CCCUGGUGGCAACUAGCAGUGGUUGCAACUAGCAGUGCUGCAGUUGCAACUAGCAGUGCAGAGCACUAGAACAGCCGGCCAUGAGCAGCAUUUAUCAGGCCGUGGCAACAGACCUCCGUGGCAACCGGCCCAGCCGCGGGAACCCCAUCGUCCAGAAUGAUCGCAGUUUCCGAGAUGAUGGAAACAUCAAUGCAGACAUCGAGAGGCAGCGGAAGGCGGACGCUUUGAUCCGGAAGCAGCAGCGCAUGGAGGAGGGCGGCAGGGCAGGCGGCUACAACGAGCGCCAGGAGAUAGCGACGCAGAACAAGAAAGCUGCAGAGGCCGCCGACGGCUACGAUGACUUCGGGCGGCGGAUUGCGCAGCGGGACGGCGACAAGAAGACCCGGGCGCAGGCAGCCUUGGAGCGGCUCAGGAAGGGCCAGGCACGGGAGUCUGAGCAGCCGAGUCAGCCGAGGGAAAGGCGGACCAGCCCACGGCGGGUCAGCCCACGCAAGCGAAGCCGCUCGAGGUCGCGACGCCGGUCCAGCUCCAGAUCGCGGCGCCGGCGGUGAGAGGAAGGGCCUUGUCGCGGGUCUGUGGGCCGGUGGACUCUGCCAGGAAACCAGUUCGGCC